AUGUCUGCCCAAAUUGCGGAUGGAAUGCCGAGCCAGCUCGCUGACUCCUCUGCCAGACCCCCGUCCAAAGUCAGACCAAUCGUCAUCGGCCUCUAUGGGGUCCCCGGGUCCGGAAAGUCAUUCCUACUGAACCAACUCAAGCAACAACUCGGGGAGGAGCACUUCGCCUUCUACGAGGGCUCAGACAUGCUCGCGAGCCUCGUCCCCGGCGGCCUCGAGGCCUUCCACAAGCUGUCGCCCCCGGACAAAGAGCAAUUCCGCAACCUCGCCAUCGACACAAUCCGCAAGGAAUGCGCCGAAGGCGGACGCGUCGGCGUCGUGGCGGGACACUUCAUGUUCUGGGACGAGGGCGACGCGGCCGGCGAACCGGUACACACCUCCAACGACCUCAACACAUACACGCACAUGCUCUACCUCGACCUCCCCGCCGAGCUCAUUUCGCAGCGCCGCCUCGGCGACACCCAGAGGACCCGUCCAGGGGUCUCGAUCGACCACCUGCGCAAGUGGCAGCGCGCCGAGGCGGCGCAGCUCCGGCGCCUCUGCCGCGAGCACGGCAUCCUGUUCUCGCUGCUGCCCACGACGACCUCGCACCCCGACACGGCCUCGGCGCUGCUGCGCGACUUCCGCGUCCACACCGAGGAGCGCAACCUGGCCCGCGCCGAGGGCCGGCUGGACGAGAUCCUCGCGGCCUGGGGCGGUCGCGACCGGGUCGAGACAGUGCUGGUCCUGGACGCCGACCGGACGCUGGUGGCCGAGGACACGGGCACGCUGUUCUGGCAGAACCUAGCCGGCGGGGAGCCCUCCUCCGGCGGCGCCUGUCCGCUGAAGGAGCUGUUCGGCAGCCCGCUGGGGUACUCGUACGCGGCGUUCCAACAGGCGGCGCUGCUGUACGGGGACGCGGCCGCGGCCGACAGGCAGCUGUUCGACGCCGCAUGCGACGCCGCGGCCUCGGCGGUGGCGGUGCACCCGGACUUUGCGGCGCUGCUGCGCCUCGUGGCGGGCCAGGAGCACGUCGCGGCCGUGGUCGUGAGCUGCGGGCUCCGGCGCGUGUGGGAGGCGGUCCUGGCGCGGGAGGGCCUGCGCCAGACGGUCAAGGUGAUUGGCGGGGGCCACAUCGCCGAUGGCGGCGAUGGCGGCGGCGGCGGCGGCCUCAUCGUCACCGCCGAGGUCAAGGCCGCCCUCGUCGCGCGCCUGCAGGAAGUCCAUGGCAUGCACGUCUGGGCGUUCGGAGACAGCGUCCUGGACCUGCCCAUGCUGGCCAAGGCGGACGAGGCCAUCGUCGUGGUCGGCGAGGAGCAUACCAGGAGCAAGACCAUGGACGCGGCCCUGCUUCACGCGAUCGACCACGACGGCCUCCGGGCGCGCCAGGUGCUACUGCCGUGGAACGCGCCGCCGCGACUCGACGCCACCAAGCUUCCCAUCCUCAAGCUCGCGGACUUCGACUUCGUCGGCUCCGUCCUCCGCCGCCAUCGCGCACCGGACCUUACCCCCCGGAUCCUCCACGCGACGGGCCGCAGCGCCGCCAAGCUUCUCAUGACGCCGAUGCGCGACGCCCGGGUGGCCGGCCCGGCGCUGAGGGAGGCCCACCGCCGCGUCGGGUGGUACCUGGCGACGGAGUUCCUGGCCGACGUGGCGGGCGGUGUGGAGGAGCACCCGAUCCCGCACGUGCAGGGCGGCACGACGAGCGGGCACCGGCUGCUGCGCGAGCGGCAGACGUCGGUCGUGGCGCUGAUGCGCGGCGGCGAGGCCAUGGCCUUUGGGGUCAACGACGCGUUCCCUCUCGCGACGUUUGUGCACGCCCGCGAGGCGGAGGAUCUUGGUCCACAUCACUUGAGCGGGCGGGGCGCCGUGUUGCUAGUAGACUCGGUAGUGAACAGCGGCAAGACGGUGGUGGAGUUUGUGCAGCGCGUCCGCAGUCUGCAUGCCGCCGUUCGCAUUGUCGUCGUUGCCGGAGUCGUCCAGGCCCAGUCGGUUUCUGAGGGUCGUUUGGCUGAGUUACUCGCCUGCGAUGAGAAUCUCAGUCUUGUCACGCUCCGUCUUUCUGACAACAAAUUCACGGGCCGAGGGACCACCGACACGGGGAACCGUCUCUUUAACACGACGCAUCUGGACUGA